AACCUUAAAUAUACUUAUUACUUAAUAACAAGUAUUUGGAAGCAGCAGUAACAAAGCAUUUUAACUGAACGUUAGAUAUUCAGGUAAAGAUGAUUUCACACGCUUUUUAUUUACACUGUACUUUUUACUGUAUGUUAAUGACAGAGUUACACAUUAAGGUGAAAAUCCGGUCACGUCUCCGGUUAGAAGCAGAGUGUCACAUUUGGCUCUUUACAAAGAAGCUCCAUCAGCUUAGCACUCAAUCUGCCACCUCUCAGCCUCCUUCCUGAUCACAUUUACACACCUUUUCUGCUAAUCUGCUCAAGUCUCCUUAAUCAAGGUAUAAAUACAGCACACGGGCAGCGCGGAGACAAAGUAGGGCAAACAGGAGCUGGAGAAAAAGCUGUUUCGUAUCCAGUGCUGACACUCGGACAGUUUUUGACAUGACAGGCCUGCACGGGUUUGAGGGGGAGAACUUCUACAUCCCCAUGCAUAACCGUACAGGGCUGGUACGUGACCCGUUCUUGUAUGAGCAGUACUAUUUAGCAGAGCCGUGGCAGUUCAAACUGCUGGCCGUCUACAUGUUCUUUCUGAUCAUCUUUGGUUUCCCCAUCAACGCUUUCACACUGUUGGUCACAGCGCAGCACAAGAAGCUCCGCCAGCCGCUUAACUACAUCCUGGUGAACCUGGCUUUGGCCGGGCUGAUCAUGGUCAUCUUCGGGUUCACCAUCACCAUUAGUUCAGCGGUCAACGGCUACUUUUAUUUCGGGCCGACUGCCUGCGCCGUCGAAGGAUUCAUGGCCACUCUUGGAGGUGAGGUAGCACUUUGGUCAUUAGUUGUACUGGCCAUUGAGAGAUAUAUUGUGGUGUGUAAGCCAAUGGGAAGCUUCAAAUUCUCAUCUACGCAUGCCAUUGGAGGAAUCGCUUUCACCUGGUUUAUGGCUAUGACCUGUGCUGGUCCUCCGCUCGUCGGCUGGUCCAGGUAUAUUCCUGAAGGCCUGCAGUGUUCCUGUGGACCAGACUACUACACACUCAACCCCAAAUACAACAACGAGUCCUAUGUUAUCUACAUGUUCCUGGUUCACUUCAUUCUUCCUGUUACCGUUAUAUUCUUUACAUAUGGGCGACUCGUGUGCACCGUCAAAGCGGCAGCAGCCGCUCAGCAGGAGUCCGCCUCCACUCAGAAGGCUGAGAAGGAAGUGACGCGUAUGGUCAUCCUGAUGGUGGUGGGCUUCCUAGUGGCAUGGGUUCCUUAUGCCAGCGUCGCAGCCUGGAUCUUCUUUAACAAAGGAGCUGCCUUCAGCGCACAGUUCAUGGCUGUUCCUGCCUUCUUCUCCAAGAGCUCGGCUCUCUUCAACCCCGUCAUUUAUGUGCUGCUCAACAAACAGUUCCGUAACUGCAUGCUAACAACCCUGUUCUGUGGCAAGAACCCACUGGGAGAUGACGAGAGCUCAUCAGUGUCCACCAGCAAGACAGAGGUGUCCAGCGUGUCCCCGGCGUAGAUGCUCGCCCAGUCCUGGACGUGAGCUCGGGCCUCUCGAACCCUCACUCGUAUUUUGCCGUGGUCAUCGCCGUCACUGCGAGAACAUCACGGCUCACCGAAAACCGUACUCCUCACAAUGUUUCCUCAGCUGUGUGGUGACAUUUUUGUUGUUCAGGUCUUUGUCUUUAUUUCCUGUAUAUAUUUUUAUAUCUACAAGGCAUGAAAAAGACAAAAAAAGAUGGUGCGAAUGUAAUAAAUACUGCAUUUUGAAAAAGGGCCGAAUGCUCCCCUGUUUUCAUGAUUUCAUUCCUUCAUGAGUUUGAGCAAAAGUUCUUCAACAAAGUCAUGAAAACCUGAAUGUAUUAAACUUCAGCUAUGACACAGUAUAAUUGGAUUCAAGCAAACGGUUCAUAUU